GGGUUUUCAUUUCGUUUGAAAAUAUUUUUCACACAGUCUGUAAAAAACCAGACAGGAUGUCUUAAUGAUUAUUUCAGCUGCUUUAACAAAAAUCAUGUGAUCAUGUGCUGCUUAUGGAAAAAAUGAGCAUUUUUAUGGACACGAUUCUUUGAUUCAAGCCAGUCUGCUACAAGUGUCACCCGCAGUAACGCUCUUCUCCGAAAUUUUAAACCAUCAGCACCAGAAAAAGUUGCAGACCGUUGCUCAUCAUGAAAUUUUGGAUCAUCCUGGGAAUUAUGUUUGCCUUAUUUACUGCACAAGCGCAGGUUGAGGGCGCAGCAUUAAAACGUUCUCCCUCAUGCAAAAUAUACCCACAUCCUAAGAAUGGUGUCUUGACCUGUAAUUCAAUAGCUGGAGAACCAGUGUGUCGAGUGCAGUGCAACAAAGGUUUUCAUUUUGAGCGCAGGCCCCCUUUUUUGUAUUACUGCCAGAAUGGAGAAUGGCAAUUUUAUGAUUUACCUGGUGCCCCUGCCGCGGAUUUUGCUGUGCCUUGGCCAGAUUGCAUCAAAACAACACCAUCGCCAUCACCACCAUACUAGAUUGCACUGAAAGAGUCCUCAGAUGAUCAGCCAAGCAUUAUUUUUCGAGCUUAAUUAUAUUGCGUCCGGAUACAGAAGAGUGACCGAGAUAAAGCUAAAACUUGAAGAUCA